AACCAAACUCAAACCUAAACUCAUUCUCAAAUACAUAUAUUCACUUCUCUUCUAUUUCUUUGUUUCAUUUCCCAUGGAAACCCUAACUAAUCCUUCUCCUUCUCCAAACCCUAGCAAUGACUAUAGCUCCUUAGUCGACACGUCCCGCCCUUUUCGCUCCGUAAAAGAAGCCGUCGCCAUUUUCGGCGAGCGGAUUCCCAUCGGAGAUAUUUACUCUCCAAAGCCUCAUUUCUCUCCUACUACUCCUUCUCAGAAUAAUAAUUCAUGGAUGUUUUCAUCACCAGCUUCUCCAAUAACUCCUAUAAACCCUACUCAUAAAGAAUACGAUCAUGAUCAUCACCAUGAACGUAACAAUACUAACACCGAUAUGUUCUUCGAUUCCUUAAAGAAACUCGAAACUGAGCUUAUAGAAACAAAAAUGGAGCUGAAGCUACUGAAAGAGAGAGAGUCGGAAACCGAGAUUGCGGUUGCUUCUUUAAACGCCGAGCUUCAUAAGAACAUGGCUAAGUUAGCUGAGGCUGAGGCAGCAACCGCAGCGAAAAAGGCGGCCGAACUGAGAAGAAAAGUGAGUUUCGACAUGGAAAAGAAAGAAAAUUUAUUAUUUGAGGAGGAAAAGAAAAGAGAGAUGAUGAUAAGAGUUGAAAGGUCACCGAGUUUGGCUCGUAUACUAAGUUUUGGUGAAGAAAAAGGGUAUUUUAAUGGUAAAAAAGAGAAGAAGAUGAAGAAGAUGAAACCUAUUGUUCCUCUUGUUGGAGAUCUGCUGUUCUUCAGGAAAAAAAGGUCAUCUGAGAAAACUUUGAACAGUCCUCUCUUUACAUCUUCAUAUGGUGUGUUUUAGGGAUAAAAAUAUUUGCAGUUCUCAAACUAUGUUAUUUUUAUUGAGCGAUUAUGAUAUUCAAUUUGCUAUAUUUUAA